CUCUCGGUCGGUAUCAGACGCACCGCGUUUGAGAAGUUGGCGGCUCUGGCCGUCAAAUCCUCGGACGACUGCGCGGGCCUUGAUCGCAUUGCGCAACAGUCAGGAGCUCCUUGUCAGACAGAUGGCGCUCUGGACGGUAUCCUGAAGAACCAAGCCCCAACCUCUCGAGUCCCAAUGGGAAUCCGUGAACUCGAUGUUCUUCUCGCUCUAUGCAAAGCUGCGUCCUCCGUGACAGAACUACAAUACGCCGAUCGCUUGAUCGUCCAACUAUCACAGUACCUUCCGGAGUCCCCUACCCAGAUAUUCCGGCCCUCGCCAUUCUUCCAAAGCGUCCAGCCAUCACCAUGGGAAUCUCUCUCUUACAACCUUACCUCAGCACUGCUGUCCCUGGGUACGGAGUUUCCUACCCUGCGUGAACCUGUUCUAUCGGCGGUGACGGGAUAUUUGAACAAUUGCAGGGAGGCUAUCAAUGCUGUGACCCCAUUCCAGUAUUCCUCGGAGGGCGGGAGGCGCGGGGUGGUUCACGAGUCGAUUGCCAUCCUGUCGAUAGCUGUAUCUCUUGCUGGCUUUUUGGACGCUUCGGCAAAGCACACUACGGUCUGGACUCCAGGAGAGAAGCUUUGGAUAAUCGAUCAACUGCGAAGCAUGCUCUCAGAGUCGUUUCUGAUCGGAGUGGAAACCGCGUCUUCAACUAUUCGCAACGCCGGGGGCUCUGAAGCCAGCGUCAAGGACUGGCGCAAGUACACUCGGCGGUAUGCGCACCACGGACGACCGCUUGGAGCUAUGUUACUACAAGAGGGCUUUAUGCACUUCGUGAAGUCCUGUGCUGCAUCAUUGAUCGGCUCUCAGCACUUGUCGGAUAGCCAGUUGUUGGAUGAGUACAUGGCGGGCGUCGGUAUUGCCAAGAGCUAUGAUGACGCCGACAUUGCUUUAAUUGAGCGAGUUACGGAUCUCAUAAGUGAAGAAAUUCAUUUGCUAGAGGAUGGAGCUGAUUACUUGCAAGUUGGCUCUCCAUCCCAACAGCAGCUGGCUUUUGCGGUUAAAAGAGACGCGCUUAUCGGCUUCCUUAACUGCGUGGUCUUGGGCGAAGAUGCAGGAAACAAUGAUACUCUUUUGUCCUGGCUCGAAGAGACCUUGGCCGAUCCUCAGCAAAUGGCUAAUGCAGAACUGGCAAAGGCUGCCCUCAAAUGCACUGCUAUUCUCGCGCGGAUGUCGCCGAACGGGGCAGGCGUUGCAAGGCGGUCCCUCUUGAAAUUUAUUGCUCAGGGAGGAGGUGCCCUGAAUGGUUCAAUUAUUGCCGUUGCUUCCAAAUGUUUGGCGCACGUCCUGAACAUUCUCUCCGAGGACGCUGUCAUUGCUACUUUGUACUCACUCGGUAAUGCCUUAAGCCCCGGACCUGGUGCCGACAAGUUCAAUGAUCAAAGUGGAGACGUUUCAAGCCCUCUAGCAAGAUAUUCGCAAGGAGGUAUUACCAGCCAGACAUCCCUCCCGACCCCCACGGAGGAUGAAAGCCUCGUGCACAGAGAUGUGGUUCAUGCCAUUGUAAUCAUUGCGACUAGUUGCAACGAUGACAAAAUCAGUGCUCUUGCUCAAUCUAUGCUUCUCCAGAAGGUUGGCAAGCUUAACGUUCUCGUCGAUGCCUACAUCAUCCAAGAGACUGCAGUUCUUGCCAUUAGCGGUGGGAAGCCAGAAUUUCAACUUCUAUUGAAAUUCUACACUCGUAUCUUCCUGGAUGGUGUCCGUAAAGGCUUGACCGUCAUCACGGAUGCUGUUGAGUGCGCGAUGGCUUACCUCGCUGUAACUCUCGAACGGACAUCUGUUCUGCAUGGGCUGUACUUGACACACCUCCUUGAGAGUAUUGUUAACAAGGGAGAUGUUCCAGACGUUGAGAGUGAGCGUCACGAAAUACUCUUUUGGUCUCUGCAAGUAGUUCGUCGGAAACCCCACAUCCGAUCCAGGGUUACGACGAUGCUAUCUCUGUCACUGUUCCGUGAUGCUUGGUUCAAUAUCGCGAUUCACGGAAUUACACUCAAUUCGAGUGUUUGCCAAGCGCAUGAGAAGGAACUUCGCUUGCUCGCUAGCCACUCCCCUCCACUUGUGGCUGAAGAACGCAUGGAAUCCUUGGAGAGUGACGUUGAGCUGAAUACAGUUCUCCGGAGAGGAAUGGGCCCACAAAGAAUGCUUGACCAGAAGAGGACUUUGAUUAACGAGCUUCCUGGCCAUGACUCGGACAUUAAGCGUUUAGAUUAUCCACGCGCCGUCUUCUUGAACGCUUCUCUGCUUGUCGAGAGUCUUCGUUCAUCUUCUGGAGACUGUACUAAGAUCCUACGAUACUUCCGUGACCCAUCUCUGUCCACCGCGGAAAUGGUCGCUUGUAUGAACGCCAUUGCCGAGAAAACCACCAGUUAUUAUCUCACUCGCACUUUGUCAGAGAAGUAUGACGAAUUCUCAGCCCCUUACCUCUCCAAGCAACUUGCUACAUUUCUUGUGGCUUGCUGCCACCGCAUUGAACGAGUUCAGAGUAUUGCUAUUAUCUGCACAGACAAGAUCAUUCGCGAAUGCCCCUCUGCGCUGUGCGAGAAGCAUUCGCUUUUUGCCUUGCUGGAGAUUCUGACAGUGAUGUGGUCAUCUUGUCUUCAGGGCGAACUUGAUGAGUAUGAGUGGCAGCCCACCCUCCUCUCGCCAAUGGGGAUUGUGAGGGUUGAUCUACCUGACAAUUAUGUCCUACGAAAGGUCACACUUGACAGGUUCCUGGCCCGCGCGCGGGGUUGGGUCACCACCGUUGUGAAUAUUGCACCCUUGGACAUAAAAGGGCUGCUUCAGACGUAUCUAUCCGAGUACGAGGAUGACGGAGGCUAUGGACACAUCGCAAUGGGACGUUCAUUCGCUCUAGAGAUGGGCUCUCUUAUUCCUCAGACUGAUCCCCGCCUGGGAUCUAUCGAAGGCUAUAAUUCCAAUGAUGUUAAUGUCGCGUCCGACUUCAUGGCCCUGUACACGACGCGGCAAAAGUAUCGCCGGCAGGAUAUGUCUCUCUCUGAUAUUCCAGAAAAUGAAUUUCGCCUGACUGAUAGUCCAAGGGUCGAACUUACGACCAACUCGGACUCUGCCGAUAAGCUCGAGUCCUCCUUGGCUCAGCUCUAUGCGCGAAGCAUAGAUGGGCAAGACAUUACCCUACCAGAAGUUCGGAGUGUCCUUCGCCAAGCUGCGGCCCUUAUUUGCAAUAGCAACAAGCCUUGCUUGGCUGUUGUCCAUUAUCUUGUCGCUUUGCCAUUCCAAAUCUUUACCAAGGAGGUUAUUAGGCUUGGAGUCUCAUUGUGGCUCGGUGUCAUUCAUGAAAAUCCCAAUAUCGAACCUCGGGUUUUAGCCGAGGUUGUUGAGGCUUGGGAGAGAAGCAUUCAGCGCAAGAAGGGCCUGUUUGACCCACUCUUCAAGCAGCCCGAUCCUUUCCAGACCGUCAUUGAAACUCAGCCUACCGAUAAAGCUUCGAUGCUCCGAACACAAAACAAGGCCCAAGAAAUCAUAUCUCCUCAUUCCCGCAUUCUUCAGUUUUUCGAGAGUCACUUCAAUGCUAUUCGACUAGGCAAUUUGCAAGACCAACAGCUGUUCUACCGUUUAAUCAGCAGUACUGUUGUUGCAUUGACAAAGACUCAAGGGCACCCUCUGGCUCGCGAGGUUCACUUCCGGAUUGUUCUCUUUGGACUUAACAUCCUGAGUUACUUUAGCCCACGCCACUGCGCUGCAUCCUGGAAACUGAAGGACCAAGUUCUCUCUGCAGCACUGGCCUGGUUCAAGCACCCCCCCAAGAUUAAGGCCGAGGACAAGAUUCUUGGCAAUGUUCUAUCAACGCUGCGGAGCGUGUCAGAUAUUGCUGCCCAAUCCACAGGUGCAUUCAAGUCUCUUCAACCUAAGCAGGAGCUCACUCAAUUGCUCAUCGAGAAUGAGAGAUCACGACUCCGUGUUUGGCUUUUCCCCUUGGAUUCGGAGCGAAAGUACCAUCUGCCCACACUCGGUGGCAAAAACGCAGCGGAGGGUAUCACUUCGUUCCUCCGACUUGCAUGGGCCGAGAGUGCCGGGCUAGCUAUUCAACUUGCAGCGCGGUUCCCGUCGCCUAGGAUGCAGAGCGAUAUUCGCCGGUUAAUCAUGAAUUUCCCAGAGAAGGCCGUUGAAGAAGCUAGCGCUUUGGACAUCAUGUUUGAUUCUUGUCUGCCUUCUGAUGUGAACUUCCAGCUUAAAGGUGAGAUCCAAAUGAUGUACCUGCUCUACUGGGCUCCAGUUAAUCCAACGGAGGCAUUGACAUAUUUCAUGCCUGCGUACGGAAACCACCCAUACAUCUUGCAGUACGCUAUGCGAGCAUUAGAAAGUCAUUCGAUCGAGGUUCGGUUCUACUUUGUGCCGCAGCUGGUUCAAGCUCUCCGCUAUGAUGCCUUGGGCUAUGUCGAGCGAUACAUUAUGGAGACAGCGAAACAGUCACAGCUCUUUGCUCACCAGGUUAUUUGGAAUAUGAAGGCCAACUCGUACAAAGACGAGGACUCUCAAGUCCCCGACCCCAUCAAGCCUACACUCGACCGUUUCAUGGAGAAUCUCAUCUCAACAUUUUCAGUCGAAGAACUCAACUUCUACGAGCGCGAGUUCUCAUUCUUCAAUGAAAUCACAGGCAUUUCAGGAAAGCUCAAGCCAUAUAUUAAAAAGAGCAAGCCUGAGAAGAAAGAGAAGAUUGAAGAGGAGCUGCGUAAGAUUAAAGUUGAGGUGGGAGUUUAUCUGCCAAGUAACCCCGAUGGUGUGGUGGUUGGCAUUGAUCGCAAGUCGGGCAAGCCCCUGCAGAGUCACGCGAAAGCGCCCUACAUGGCGACUUUCCGGAUUCAAAAGACUCGCCCCCGGGUAGAGUCCAAGGAGACUCGGCUUAUCGGUGGAGCACACGAUCAUCAAGUGACCAAAUCUGCCGAGCAAGAGCACGAAAAGUACGAAGUCUGGCAGUCUGCCAUCUUCAAAGUUGGUGAUGACUGCCGACAAGACAUGCUUGCUCUGCAGAUGAUCGCUGCGUUCCAAAGCAUCUUCUCCAACAUCGGACUCGAUGUUUGGGUUUUCCCUUACCGAGUGACUUCCACCGCCCCCGGCUGCGGUGUGAUCGAUGUGCUGCCCAACUCCAUUUCCCGAGACAUGCUUGGUCGUGAAGCAGUGAACGGACUGUACGAUUACUUCAUCUCCAAGUACGGCGGGGAAGACUCUAUUCGAUUCCAAGAGGCCCGUACCAACUUCGUCAAGAGUAUGGCAGCCUACUCUGUCAUUUCAUAUCUGCUGCAAUUCAAGGAUCGCCACAAUGGUAACAUCAUGAUCGACGAUGCGGGCCACAUCAUCCACAUUGAUUUCGGUUUCUGCUUUGACAUUGCGCCCGGUGGUGUGCGAUUCGAGCGAGCGCCCUUCAAGCUGACCUCGGAGAUGGUGGCUGUCAUCAGUGGAACUCAUGAUCCGGCCCAUCACCCCCACAACUCCAAUAGCCAAGGAUUGAGUCUCCCCGGUACCAACUCCUUCAACCCGACCGCUACCCAGCCAUAUAAAUGGUUUGAGUCUCUGGUUGUCAAGGCCUUUCUGGCCUCUCGGCCCUACGCCUCGCAGCUGUCACACAUUGUCUCGUUGAUGCUCGACAGUGGUUUGCCGUGCUUCAAGCCUGAAACUCUGAAGAACUUCCGUGACCGGUUCGUUCUCGAAAGGAGUGAGCGGGAUGCGGCUGAGUUCAUGCGUGAGCUGACGCGCAAGUCCUACAUGAGCCGUUCGACCAAGGGCUACGACCAAUUCCAGUUGAUGACCAACGGUAUUCCUUACUGA